CCCCCCCCGCCUCGCCCCGCCCUCCUCGUCAUGCGGGACGCGGGCGGGGGCGCCUCGGAGUGACGCGCCCUCCUCGCGGUGCCCUUCAGCCGCCGCCGCAGCACAGAGCGCCACAUGGACCCCGCCGGCCCCAGAGCGCGCUGCUGCUGAUCGUCCGCCUGGGAAGGCAGAGGACUCUGACCACACUUGAAUGUGAGAUCUGACCCCGGAGAGGCUCCUGAGGAAUCAAGCCAUCAUCAUGGAGUUCGUGAUGAAACAAGCCCUAGGAGGGGCCACCAAGGACAUGGGGAAGAUGCUUGGGGGUGAUGAGGAGAAGGACCCUGAUGCUGCCAAGAAGGAGGAGGAACGGCAGGAGGCCCUGCGGCAGGCAGAGGAGGAGCGAAAAGCAAAGUAUGCCAAGAUGGAGGCGGAACGUGAGGUCAUGAGGCAGGGCAUACGAGACAAGUAUGGCAUCAAGAAGAAGGAGGAGCGUGAGGCUGAGGCCCAGGCAGCCAUGGAAGCCAACUCAGAAGGUAGUCUGACUCGACCCAAGAAGGCUAUCCCACCAGGCUGUGGUGAUGAGCCGGAGGAGGAAGAUGAGAGCAUCCUGGACACUGUCAUCAAGUACCUGCCUGGGCCACUGCAGGACAUGUUCAAGAAGUAAUGAUACUGGGUCAGCGCCCAGAGCCCUGCCCAUUGUACAGACCCCUCGGAGCCCCUCCCUCCCAUAAGGGAUAUUGGGAGCAGAUGCAGCCCCCUCUUCCCCACCCCCGCAAAAAUAAGCCAUAGUCCUAGAUCUAUCUUGCCCAUGUCCCCCUCGCGCCUCGGGAGCCUCUGGCCACCUCUCCCCGCACUGCCAUCAUUGACCCCACCAGGCAAGGGUGUGACCCUCACACUCUGUGCUGUGCAUCCUUGCCUUUGGGUGGUUGGACCCCUCCUUCUAAUCUUGAGUUCACCAUUCCCACUGAGCCUGCCCAAGGUCAGGCCCUAAGGGCCAGCCCUGACCACCCCUGGGGUGCCAUUUCUCCGUGGCUGGCCAUCAGUCAGGGCCUAAACUCAGGAGCACAGCCAUAGUGGGGUGGGACUUGGGGAAUGAGCAGUGGGUGCCUGGGGGCCCCAGCCCUUCCCUAAGCCCAUUGCCCCUGUUUCUGGACUUGUUGGACCUGCUGGACCAUUUGCUCUGUCUGUCUGUGCGCUACCACCCUAGUCCUCACCGGCG